AUGGGAGACAACGCCGAAUACAUAACCCGACACGUCGACGCAGACCUCCGCUUUUGGAGACGCCGGGAUGUCAACAAUAAUGUCCAAGCCAACUUUGCCAGGGGUAAACCGGAGGAUAAUCCGACGGAAAUGGGCGUGCUGGCCGAGAUGCAUAAGGUCCAUGUGCAGGAUAUCCGGGGACAAGAAUCAUCUUACACACUGGACAAGAACGGAUUCGUAUACCUGUCCCAUGAAAUGCCCGAGCUUGAUAAAAUCUCGGACGAAGAGCAUAUUAAAGAUGCGAUCAUCCAGAAGACUGAAGAGUUAAAUAAACAUGUUUGUCUUCGAGAAGCUGAGCGAUGUCGCAGAACUGGUGCUACGAGGACAAUCACAUUUGUACAUCGAGUGCGAUGCCUUGCAGAAGAUGGAGCCUUGCUCGCUCGCAACCGCGCCCCGGCACACAGCGUGCACUCGGACUUCACAACUAGGGGUGCACUCCACCACCUGAAGACGCUUGUUCCGGACAAGCAGGAGCGCAAGCGUCUCCUCGCUAACCGAGUCCUGAUUGUUAAUGUAUGGCGGCCGUUGAAAACCAUCCAAAGGGAUCCCCUCGCAGUUUGUGACUGGAGCUCCGUUAAUAUGCGAGACGAGGGUAUCGCUACUCGGUUAAUGCUGCCAAAUGGGUGGAAUGAACUCGGGCGAUAUGCGUUUAGUCCGAGUCAGAGAUGGUAUUAUCUCAGCGGUCAACAACCCAAUGAACCUCUCAUUUUUACACAAUUUGAUAGCUCCAAAGUGGAUGAGGGAGGAUUCACUGUACCACACAGUGCGUUUGUUGAUCCAGAAUAUAGUGAUUCUGCUGCAAGGGAGAGUCUGGAAAUCAAAAUGUUUGCUUUUGUUUAG